AUAUUCGUGGUUAAAAGCGCUUCAUAACAACUCCAUAUACGUAGAGACAAAUGUGUUAUAUAUAAUUUUCUGAAAUUAAUAUCAUUAGAUUAGAUUAUAUAUAAUUUAUUAUUUCUCAUCUGACAGAGACUUGUAUGGUUUUGGCUGGUGCAAUUAAAAUCUGAAAAAAAUAAAAACAAAAAUUGAUGGGAAAAUACAUGAACAAAUAUGAUUCCAAAAUUAGAUUUGUUUAUUCUCAUAUUUAAACCAGAAGAACCCAACCCAGAUUCCCAUCUGCAACGGCAGCUGUUGUUAUUUGCCUAAAAUGAUAUUAUAUUCAGUACAGACAUACAUAUAUAUAUAUAUUUAUAUUUAUAUUCUCAAUAGACCAGGAAAGCUUAUUGGGAAGCUCAUUGUCAACUCACUAUGCAAACAGAAUCGCUCCUUUCGCCUCGCCACCGCCACCCACCCGCUUCUCUUCUCAUAUAUUUGUAUAUCGCCAAUUUCCUAGCCAGAUGCGGUGCCAGAAUGUGGGAAUUCUCUGUGGGUUUAUACAUGAUCAACCUGUGGCCAGAUUCUCUUCUCCUAGCCGCCAUUUAUGGUGUUGUUGAAUCUGCUUCUACUGUAAUCUUUGGUCCUAUCAUUGGACAAUGGGUUGACAGACUCACAUAUCUAAAGGUCUGGAGCAAAUUACUUGCUCCUGUUGUUGCUGGCUUUAUUAUCAGUUUUGUAUCACUAAAAGCAUCUGCCAUGGUUCUUGCCCUCUGGACUACUAUUACUGUCUGGGUAGAAUAUUGGCUUUUUAUGUCUGUAUAUAAGGGUAUUCCAGCUUUAGAAGAAAGCAGCAAGAGGAAGAUCUCAAGAAUUCAUGCCAAUACAAACGAGCCACACGAGACAGAAAACCUUCUUUCUCAUGAAGAAAGCAGCUCGGAAUCGAAAAUAAUUGAGUGGAUCUCGAAAGCUCCUUUUAUCAGUGCAUGGACAGUUUACUUGCACCAAGAAACUGUGCUCCCUGGAACUGCACUAGCCUUGUUAUAUUUCACAGUCCUCAGUUUCGGGACUUUGAUGACAGCUACCUUAGAAUGGGAAGACAUACCUGCUUUUGUUAUAGGAAUAGCACGUGGAAUGAGCGCUACAACUGGGAUUACUGCUACACUGGUGUAUCCGAUCUUACAAUCUCGUAUUUCAACACUCAGAACAGGACUUUGGUCCAUCUGGUCUCAGUGGACAUGCCUCCUAGUCUGUGUUUGUUCAAUCUGGGUGAAAAAUAAUCUUGUAUCGGCCUAUAUGCUUAUGGGUGGAGUAGCAGCAUCUCGGCUUGGAUUGUGGGUGUUUGACUUAGCAGUCAUUCAACAAAUGCAGGAUCUUGUUCCUGAAUCUGAUCGUUGUGUCGUAGGAGGUGUUCAGAAUUCUCUUCAAUCUACUCUAGAUUUGCUUGCCUAUGUUAUGGGCAUAAUAAUCUCCCAUCCACGGGAUUUCUGGAUGCUUAACUUGAUGUCGUUUAUGGCGGUAACAUCAGCUGCAUUGCUGUAUACUCUGCAUGUCAAUCGUGUCCGAAAACACCUCUUCCACUUAGACAAGCUGUUGACUUUGAAAAUCUUUCGAUUGUUCAUUACAUCUUCUGAAACUUAAUAUUAUUCCGAUUGAUUCAUGUGUAUGUAUCGCCAUGAUCAACCCGAUUUGUAUCUUAAAAAUAAAUUAUUAAACUGCUUAUAA